AAAGGCAGAUUUGUUCAAACAACACUCUCGUAAGAACUAAGAAAAGUAGUAUAGCGUUUGCUUUAAAUCUUCGCCAACUGUGAAUACAAUGAAUAGCCUACCUGAUGACAAAUCGGGUGUCUAUUAGGUUGAGUAGCGCAGUCAAGCAAGUCAAACAAGCAAAAGCUUGUCAUGACGAGGUUCACCUGGAUGCUAUGAGGAGUGGCUGAAACAUGAAGAAACGAGUCGAUGUAAAACAGGAGGCCAGUCUUAAGGGGCAAAGCUCAUUCCAUUAUGAGAGACCCCCUUCACCUGUGCCCACUUGUGUGUCCAUGAAGAGUGACCAGUCAAGGGGUCACUUAAUAAACUUCAAACAUGAUGAUGUCACAGAUGAAUCAAGAGGCCAAAUGGAAGGAUGGAAACCAGAUGCUGUCAGUGACCAGUCAGUUACUCAGGGGCACCUCAAGCAGAUAUUCCAGUUACUUGAGGAGAAGAUCAUCAUCUUUGUAAAGAAUGAGCUGGAGAGAUUCCAGAAGAUCGUGAGUCCAGAUUACCAAGAAAACUUUGAGGGUAAAGAGCAGGAUGAGAGUGAUGCCAGAGAAGGGGCUCUCAAGAUGGCACUGCACUUCCUGAGGAACAUGAAGCAGAAACAUAUUGCUGACAAAUUGGAAGAAAAUGAACAGGAUGUAGUUUGUCAAAUUGAGUUGAAAGGAAAUCUCAAGAACAAGUACCAGAGUGUGUUUGAAGGAAUACCCAAGCAAGGGAGCUCUGCUCUGCUGGAAAAAAUCUACACAGAGGUCUACAUCACAGAGGGAGGAAGUGGAAAAGUAAAUGAGGAGCAUGAAGUCAGGCAGAUUGAGUCCAUAUCCAAGAGACCAGGUGGACAAGAGACAUCAAUUAAAUGCAGAGACAUCUUUAAGCCCUUACCUGACCAAGACAAACCAAUUAGAAGUGUCAUUACAAAGGGAGUAGCUGGGAUUGGCAAAACCGUGUCCGUUCAGAAGUACAUCCUGGACUGGGCUGAAGGAAAAGAAAACCGGGAUGUCCACUUCAUAUUUCCACUUCCUUUUAGGGAGCUCAACCCCAUGAAAGACAAACAGAUUUCUUUUAUGGAACUCCUCCACAAUUUCUUUUCAGAAAUGAAGCAGUUAACUUUUCCCAGCCAGGGGAAGUACAAAGUGUUGUUCAUCUUUGAUGGUCUGGAUGAAUGUCGACUCCAACUAGACUUCCGGAAAAAUGAAGGCUUGACUGAAGUGACAAAGGCCACUUCAUUGGAUGUUCUCCUGACAAAUCUCAUCCAGGGUAAUCUGCUUCCCUCUGCCCUACUUUGGAUCACUUCUCGACCAGCAGCAGCUGAUCAAAUCCCCCCUCAGAACGUUGACCGGGUCACAGAAGUACAAGGAUUCAGCAACCUUCAGAAGGAGGAGUACUUCAGAAACAGAAUCAGUGAUCGAAAUCUUGCCACCAAAGUCUUCUCUCACAUCAGAUCAUCAAAAAGCCUCCACAUUAUGUGCCACAUACCAGUGUUUUGCUGGAUUGCUGCUACUGUGCUUGAACGUCUUCUUCAGACUGAAGGAUGUAAGGAAGUUCCAAAGACUUUGACGGAGAUGUACACAUGUUUCCUUGUUUUUCAAACCAAGCAGAGGAGUCUGAAGUUUGAAGGAGUUCAUGCCACAGAUCCACAGUGGAACCGGGCUAGUCUCCUUGCUCUUGGAAAGUUGGCCUACGAACAGCUUGAAAAGGGCAAUCUGAUCUUUUAUGAAGACGACCUGAGAGAGAGUCAUAUUGAUGUCACAGAGGCAGCAGUACACUGUGGCAUUUGCACCCAGAUUUUUCGAGAAGAGCCAAGCCUUCAUCAGGAAAAGUUGUACUGUUUUGUUCAUCUGAGCAUCCAAGAGUAUCUUGCUGCUUUGUAUGUCAUGCUGGUGUUUAUAACUGAAGGAAUAGACCUCAUGACCUCAGAGCAAGACCCCAGAGAUCUUCCUCUGGAUCUGAAACAACGACCAGAGCACAAAUCCAUGAGCAUCUUACAUAAGAAUGCUGUGGACAAGGCCUUGAAACAUGAAGACGGACGCUUUGAUCUUUUCCUCCGUUUCCUGCUUGGCCUCUCACUGGAAUCCAACCAGAGACGCCUAUAUGGCCUACUGGAGAAAAUACAGGAUGAACGCAAAGAGGAAAUAGCUAGUUACAUCAAGACAAAAAUCAGGGAGAUAUCAUCAUCAGAAAGAGUGAUCAACCUCUUUCACUGUCUGAAUGAAGUCAAUGAUCACUCCUUAGUGGAGGAGGUCCAGAGCUUCCUGAGUGCUGGGACACUUUCUGAAGCCAAACUCUCAUCCACACAGUGGUCCGCUCUCACGUUUGUGCUUCUGACAUCAGAAGAAAAGCUGGAUGUGUUUGACUUGAAGAAGUACCUUAGGUCUGAUGAAUGUCUCCUAAGGCUGCAGCCAGUAGUGGAGGAAUCCCAAAAGGCUCUGCUCAACAGUUGUGGGCUCACAGAGAGGAGUUGUGCAGAUCUUGCAUCUGUUCUCACCAAAGCAUCUUCAAAGCUGAAACAUCUGGACCUCAGUGACAACAGUAUUGAAAAUACUGGGGUUCAAAAACUGUGUACUGGACUGAGUAACCCAAAUUGUGCACUGGAGACACUCAGGCUCAGCAGUUGUAGGCUCACAGAGAGGAGUUGUGCAGAUCUUGCAUCUGUUCUCACCAAAGCAUCUUCAAAGCUGAAACAUCUGGACCUCAGUGACAACAGUAUUGGAAAUACUGGGGUUCAAAAUCUGUGUACUAGACUGAGUAACCCAAAUUGUGCACUGGAGACACUCAGGCUCAACAGUUGUGGGCUCACAGAGAGGAGCUGUGCAGAUCUUGCAUCUGUUCUCACCAAAGCAUCUUCAAAGCUGAAACAUCUGGACCUCAGUGACAACAGUAUUGGAAAUACUGGGGUUCAAAAACUGUGUACUAGACUGAGUAACCCAAAUUGUGCACUGGAGACACUCAGACUCUCUGACUGCAGUAUCACAAAGAAGGGCUAUGCUAGCCUGGCUUCAGCCCUGAGGGUAAAUCCCAAUUGCCUCAGAGAGCUUGAUCUCACAGGAAAUGAUCCAGGGCGAUCAGGAGUAAAACUGCUUUUAGACGAUCCACAGUGUACGCUGAGAAAUAUCCAGUAAGUACAGUACACUUCUGGGAAAACAGUGGAUAGUGCAGUUGUGAUAUCAAAUAUUUUGAUAACACUUUAUUUUACGGAGCCAUGAAUUAACCAUUAAUACAUAGUUAUUAUGUGUAUUUAUUAAUGCCCUAUAACAUCUGUAUAAAGUGUCAUUAUACAUUUAUUAGGUCUUUAUUCAGAAUUGUCUUAUUUUUACUCAAUAGGUGAUUUAUUCUGGUUAAAUUGUUAAUAUGCAACUAGCUGGUCUUGAUCUAAGCUUACUGAUAUAUAGUAAUAUAUAGAAAUAGAAAAUAUAAACAUUAUAGCCGUCUAAUUGAUUGUCAUAAAUUACAUUACUACUCUGUCAUUAUAAGUCACUUAUUCAGACAGUAUGUUAGGAGUCUAUAAACGCUAAAUACACCAGUAGCCUUACACCAUCUCGUUCUUUAUGAAGAAUAAAUUAUCUAUUGAUUGAUUACUGUAAUACAUGCCAAAUAAAUGUGGAAUUAUGCUUGCUGAACAUAAAUACAUACACAUAUUAUCACUAGGUGUUACAUUUCACACAAGAACAUACAGUAUUUAAACAAGCUUGUUGCAGUUGGAUUUUUUUUGUGGUGGAAAUGCCUUUUGUUCAUGAGAUUCAGUUGCUCUCUAAUAGUGCUGGGGGUAACCGAUUAUUUUAAAACGAUUAAUCGGGCGAUUAUUUUAUCGAUUAGUCGACUAAUCUAACGACUAAUUGGACGAUUAGUCUAACGAUUAUUUUUCUGUUGUUCGAUUAAUAAAAACCAUAAUGUAUCCAUAAAAAAGUAUAUACAAAAAUCACCAAGAUAAAAAGAUUUGCUUUGUUCUGAACACACAAUAUCAAUGCAGUUGCAACACUUAAACUCAUUGCAGUGCUAUGUAGGGUUAAUUGCCAACUAUGAGAAAAUAAAAAUGGGGAUGCUUUUGCAUGGUUGCAUGAGAAAUAGCCUACUUCUGAAAACAACAAUUAUAUGGGUGCUAUUGUUUUGGGAUGUUUCCCUCAUGCAAGCAUUAUAGCCUACUCUGGUAGGCAAAUGGAGAACACAUUGAUAUGCUUUCAAAAUGACAUUCCAUUUCAAUGCCUGAAUGUAAUGAUCCAGGAAACAUAAUAGGCCUACAAGCGGAAAUCACUAAUCUGAAGAUCUUUAAAUGAAAGACUAAAGCUACAAUAUUUUGACCAUAUUAUAUUCAAAUUUGACUAAACAUUACUCAAUGCUAAAUAAUGUAGACUAUUGUACAGUCUCUGCUCUGUUUCUAUGGAAGUUAAAAUAGCCUUCCAACAGGUUGAAUCGGAGCUUUGGCAACAACGUUAUUGUGUAGCCUAGUUUCCCUUUCUGUCGCCUAAACGCGCACACGCAUGCAUUCAAUGAACACUCAUACACCAUUGAGCAUAUUAUACGGAACGGUUGGCAACCCUAUGGCAUGAUUAGCUUUUCUUGAGGGCUAACAUUGAACAUCUUUGGUAACGUUAGUGCAACUCAUACGAGCCCUAAAACACUUGGAUGUGAUGUUCAUUUAAGUGUUCUCAAUGCUCAUAAAACAUGGAUUCAUUAAUGACCACUGCGCACAGCCCUGACUUGGACAUUGUUUGGCUCCGCCUAGUUGACACUAGCGAACCUACGUUGACAUGUUGCGUUUUUUGAUGGAAAUAUUAAGAGUGGCAUUCCAUUGUGCUUCGUGUCGUACGCAUCUGGUGGGCGUCCCCCUGUUACGCUUGACUCCUAUAAAUUACCACAACCGUUAACUCUGUGUGCAGUUUGUUCCCAUUCGACCACCUCAGGCGAGCAGUUUUUCAGGGCUUUGUGCAAGGCUUUUUUGGUUUUAGGAAGUGCGAACUGUUCAUUAGAGUGCAUGAAAAUGCACUCUACUGUUAUCCGAUAUCUUCUUAUCUUUAUUUUUCUUCUAACGUUUUUGUGCGCGCAAUUCAGCUUCAACCGUUUAACGUAGAAACUUCAUUCAAACUGCGCUGCUUAGGUCUUACUUAGGUGACUUCAGCUAUGUAUUUUCCAACUUUGAAAACUUUAUCGUUGAAUUUAUAUUAAUUUUUUAAAACAUUUUUUUCUCCCAUAGACUUAACAUUGGAUUAUGACAUCAUAAUAGGGCAAUUAGAAUCUUAUGCCAGGUGGCCAGCCCCACCUGCAGCAGCCCUCUCUCUCUCAGGCUUAAAGCAUACAAUCUCUCUGUGAAGACUACAUAUCCUGUUAAACUGUUUACUCUGUCCACAACUGUUUCAAAAUAAAAGUCCUCACUGCAAUAAUACACUAUUAAAUCAUUUAACCAUUGAAACUGCUCAACUAUUUAACUGUUCAACCAUUCCAACUGUCAGUUAUCAUCAACUAUGCCUCCAGUCAGCUAUAUGGAACCUCCAUGUACCUAGCAACCAACAUAGCAACCAUCAAAAUGAAGCAUUACUGACAGUUUCCAUAGCAACUAACAUAAUUAUACUGCAGUAACUUUUUUAUUCCUGAUAGUGGCCACCAUGGAUACCCUGGCAACACAUGUUUCAAAAUAAAAGUCCUCACUAGCAAGUUAGCUAGUUAGCAUGGUUAGCAUAGUUAGCAUUGUUAGCAUUUUUAACAUUUUUAGCAUAACUGCUAGAAAUCAUUAGCUAAGUUAGCUAACCAACCUUUUUAGCAUAGUUAGCAUUGUUAGCAUUUUUAGCAUAACUGCUAGAAAUCAUCAACUAAGUUAGCUAAUCAACCUGGUUAGCAUUGUUAGCAUAGUUAGCAUAGCAUAACUGCUAAAAAACAUUAGCCGAGUUAGCUAAUCACCUUGGUUAGCAUUAUUAACAUAGUUAGCAUUGUUAGCAAAUUUGCUAGCAAACAUAAGCUAAGUUAGCUAAGCAAUCUGAGUAGCAUAUUAACAUUAUUAACACAUUAGCAAAACAUUAAACAUCCAUUAAUCUAUAACUUUUGCCAUCCAUUUAAAUGAUUUACCUAUCAAAAUCAAUUAAAUUAUCGGUCUGUCAACAUUCAUUAAAUUAUCUUUUUAUCAACAGCUUUUAAGCUAUCCGUAUUCAAUUAAACUGUCUAUCUUCGCACUAUCAACUUUCAUAAAAUAUGAAACCACCAUGUCUACCCUAGCAACACCUCAGUAACCAUAUCUACAUGAUUUAUCUGUACAUUUUUGCAUUUUCAUGCACUCGUAAUUU